AUGACGCGUCCACGUUUCCCACUGCUGAAGACUCUCCAGGUUAACCUCAGAAGUUUGAAACCUCCUCCCCCUCACCUUCGGUGGGAUUUUGACGACGCGAUUAAACUUCAAUACCUUCGAGCGGGCCUUGGAACCCCGACGAAUCUGUCGGUUAAUUGGGCAAACUUGGUGUACUUACAAACUGUCGUUCGGAGCGGCUUGAAUCAGCCUAUUGGGAUAUUGGGAACCAUAUUGGAUGAAUUUCGGCUUUCUCUCAGCAGUUUAUCAUUAUGCGUUUCGUUGAGAACCCUAGAUUGCAAUCUCAUCGGCUCAUUCCCCGUAGAAAAUUUGCAACCGACUAUCUAUCUUCGACAUCUGGAGAACUUGAAGAUUACCUCAGACAAUUUUACUUGCGCUAGGUUCCUGAGCUACCUAAACACCCCAUCCUUGAAAAAGGCCGACUUCAACCUCUCUUACUUCAACCUUGUCCUGGACGGAGUUGAAAGCUGGACAUCUGCAUUCCUCAACUUAUCCGAGCGGUCGUCGUUCAACCUUUCGGAAAUUUUCAUUCAAUCAGUGGGUCGCCAAAAUAGCUAUAAUGACGAAUUUGUGGAUAUGCUCCGUCAGUUAGCACAUACCAGUUCCAUCGAGCUGUUGACAUUGUUAUCAGCACCCCCUGACAGGUCGCCUCUUCCCGGUCGCAUGAUGGAACUCCUCACCGUUGAUCCAAAUCUCAGUCAAGAGGAUCAAAAGGAACAUCUUCCUUAUCUGACCAGCUUUUGGUACAGGGGAGUUGUAUCCUUUCCAAUCAAACUCAUAAUCGCAAUGGUAGAGUCCAGAAUAAAACUUCAAGAAAAAGGAGAUUGUAAACGGGCAGGCCAUUUUUUGGGGCCACGUGGAGAAGCCUCUUCUUUAUUAGCGUCAGCAUUAUUGAAUGCUCUCCCUCCUUUACACUUUGAUGUCACAUACACAAACCCUAAUUGGAUCGACGAACAGGAUCCUCAGGACGUACAGUAUUUAGGUGGUCUUUUGGAGAAAAUAUCUUCGAGCGAAAGGAAGUGCAGACUUGCUCCAUUAGAGGAGUCAUUGAUGCGUGCGUAUGGGUUUAGAGAUGAUUUAUUUGACUGGGGCGUGUAA